AUGAAGCCGAUAAGCCCAAGAACGUAUCCAAAUUGCAGAAGUAAGCUUCUCUCCCGCCAUGACCGCUAUUUCUCUCUCUUCAAUUUUAUCGUCGUCGCACAGCUCCACGCGCCUCUACCUCCACUCCUCCAUUUCCAAACGUCUAACUACUGUCAGUCAAACCCUAGCCUUCUGUUUCCCUAAAUCGCUUCCCUCACAUUCUCCAAGCUCGUUGCGAUUCAGAGUUUCGUUGAAGAAGUCUCGGAGCUCUGCCUUCUCUGUUGAACCACACUUAUCGGAUGUGGACGAAGAAGAUGAUGCAUUUGAUGAUGAUGAUGAUGAAGACGAAGACGACGAAGACGAUGUUGCCGCCGAAGAAUAUGAGGAUGGUGAUAUUUCCGGCGACUUAUCAGAAGGACUUGACCAGAGUGACGAUGAGGUCGAUCUCUCAGUGGCGGCAGCCGAGGACUCGAGUCGACCCGAGGAUUUCAGGUGGCAGAGAGUCGAGAAGUUGCAAAACGAAGUCAGAGAGUUCGGCGAGGAAAUUUUAGAUGUCGAUGAGCUCGCUUCCGUCUACGAUUUCCGAAUUGAUAAAUUUCAGAGGUUGGCCAUAAAAGCGUUCCUGAAUGGUUCUUCCGUGGUGGUAUCUGCACCUACUAGCAGCGGGAAGACUUUGAUAGCGGAAGCUGCAGCAGUUGCUACAGUAGCCAGGAGAAGGAGACUGCUCUAUACAACACCUCUCAAGGCCUUAUCUAAUCAGAAGUUUCGUGAAUUUCGGGAGACAUUCGGAGACAGCAAUGUCGGCUUGCUCACUGGAGAUUCUUCAGUGAACAAAGAUGCUCAGAUUUUAAUCAUGACAACGGAGAUCUUGCGCAACAUGUUGUACCAGAGUGUGGGAAUGGUUUCCUCUGGACAUAGUCUUUUUCAUGUUGAUGUGAUUGUACUAGAUGAAGUCCACUAUCUAAGUGAUAUAUCUCGUGGUACGGUGUGGGAGGAGAUAGUUAUUUACUGCCCAAAAGAAGUGCAACUCAUAUGUCUAUCAGCGACUGUAGCAAAUCCGGAUGAGCUGGCUGGUUGGAUUGGUAAGAUUCACGGUAAAACAGAGUUGGUAACAUCAUCAAAGCGACCAGUACCCUUGACUUGGCAUUUCUCUACGAAGACAUCCUUGUUACCUCUUCUCGACGAGACUGGAACACGAAUGAAUAGGAAGUGUUCACUCAAUUACCUACAACUUAAUAGUUCAGGAAUAAGAUCUUCCCGAGAUGCUAGUAAACGAAGGAAUUCAAGAAAACAUACAAGUGAAUUUUUUGAUUAUGAUGGUACUCGUAGCAAUAAUGGUCAACCUCUUUCAAAGAACGACAUCAAUACAAUACGCCGUUCCCAAGUUCCUCAAAUUACCGAUACACUAUGGCAACUUAAGUCCAAGGAUAUGCUGCCUGCAGUCUGGUUUAUUUUUAGCAGGAAAGGCUGUGAUGCAGCUGUUCAAUACCUUGAAGAUUACAACCUCUUAGAUGAAUGUGAAGCAAGUGAGGUUGAGCUAGCCUUGAAGAGAUUUCGCAUUCAGUAUCCUGAUGCCAUCAGGCAAACUGCUGUCAAGGGACUACGGCAAGGAGUUGCUGCACAUCAUGCUGGUUGUCUACCUUUGUGGAAGUCCUUUAUAGAAGAACUUUUCCAGCGAGGACUUGUUAAGGUAGUCUUUGCUACAGAAACACUGGCUGCUGGAAUCAACAUGCCUGCUAGGACAGCAGUCAUUGCAUCCCUCAACAAAAGGAGUGAUAGCGGCCGUGUCCAUUUAACCCCAAAUGAACUUCUACAAAUGGCUGGACGCGCUGGACGUAGGGGCAUUGACAAAAAGGGUCACGUUGUUCUUGUUCAGACUCCCUUUGAAGGCGCUGAAGAAUGCACCAAGGUUCUGUUUUCUGGACUUGAACCUCUUGUAUCACAGUUUACAGCUUCCUAUGGAAUGGUUUUAAAUCUUCUUGCUGGUGCAAAAGUCACCCGCAGAGCAAAUGUAUCAGAAGAUCCAAAUUCCUUCCAAAAAGGGAGGACUUUGGAUGAAGCUAGGAAGUUGGUCGAGCAAAGUUUUGGAAACUAUGUUAGCAGUAAUGUAAUGCUUGCCGCAAGAGAAGAGGUAACUAAAAUCGAGAAAGAGAUUGAAUUGCUUAAUUCUGAACUUACUGACGAUGCUAUAGACAGAAAAAGUAGGAAGCUUCUAUCAGAGGCAGCAUACAAGGAGAUUACAGAUCUGCAGGAAGAACUGAGGGCCGAAAAACGAUUAAGGACUGAACUACGAAGGAAGAUGGAAUCACAGAAGAUUCAUUCUCUGAAACCUCUAUUAGAGGAGUUUGAAAGUGGACAACUACCCUUUCUAUGUCUCCAAUACAAGGAUUCAGAAGGAGUUCAACAUGCUGUUCCUGCUGUUUAUUUAGGGAAGGUAGACUCACUAGAGGGUUCAAAACUUAAGAAUAUGGUAUCUACCGAUGAGGCUUUUUCAUUAAACAACAUAAAAGAAAAGUCUGGUUCUGACGCUGAACCAAGUUUAGAGCCAUCAUAUUAUGUGGCUCUUGGCUCAGAUAAUUCAUGGUAUCUAUUAACAGAAAAGUGGAUUAAGACGGUAUAUAAGACGGGUUUCCCAAAUGUUGCUUUAGCUCAGGGGGAUGCUUUGCCACGGGAAAUUAUGAGGAAGCUUCUUGAUAAGGAUGACAUGAAAUGGGAGAAGCUUUCAGGUUCUGAAUUUGGUGGUGUAUGGUGCAUGGAAGGAUCUCUGGAGACAUGGUCGUGGAGUUUGAACGUGCCGGUUUUAAACAGUCUUUCAGAAAAUGAUGAGCUAUUACACAUAUCAGAAGCAUACCAUGGCACUGUGGAAUCCUACAAACAACAAAGAACCAAAGUUUCACGUUUGAAGAAGAAGAUAUCACGCACACAAGGGUUUAAAGAAUACAAAAAAGUCAUUGACAUGACGAAGCUGACGGAGGAGAAGAUCAAGCGUUUGAAGCUUAGAUCAAGACGUUUGACAAAUAGAAUAGAGCAGAUUGAACCAUCUGGGUGGAAGGAGUUCUUACAAAUAAGCAAUGUCAUACACGAGUCUCGGGCAUUAGAUAUAAACACCCAUGUUAUAUUCCCGCUCGGUGAGACAGCAGCCUCAAUUCGAGGUGAGAAUGAACUAUGGCUAGCAAUGGUUCUCCGGAAUAACAUUUUAACGGAACUAAAGCCGGCACAACUGGCUGGAGUUCUAGCUAGUUUAGUCUCUGAAGGGAUUAAAGUUCGUCCCUGGAAAAACAACAGCUAUAUAUACGAAGCAACAUCAGUUGUAGUGGACGUAAUAAGCUUUUUAAACGAGCAAAGAAGCUCACUGGUAGAGCUACAAGAAAAACAUGGAGUGAAUAUUGUGUGUAGUUUGGAUAGCCAAUUUUCGGGAAUGGUUGAAGCUUGGGCUUCUGGGCUGACUUGGAGAGAAAUGAUGAUGGAUUGUGCAAUGGAUGAGGGUGAUCUGGCCCGUCUCUUGCGACGGACUAUUGAUUUGUUGGCCCAAGUUCCCAAGUUGCCCGAUAUUGACCCGGUCCUCCAGAGUAAUGCUCGGAUUGCGUCUGAGGUCAUGGACCGUCCUCCCAUAAGUGAACUCGCUGGAUAAUAUGAAGAUAUCAUAUGAAAUUAAUCUCUCUUUUUUUUUUUUUUUCGUUUUCAACUAUUUUCACAAAGUUGUUAUUCUUUUAAUUUUCUUCCUUAAUUUUGAAUCCACAACACUCACAGACAUUAUGCUUAGGCUUAGCUCCCCUAAUGAUAAAUUUGUACCAAAAAAAAAUAAAAAAGAGCCAUAAGUGUGUAUAAGAUUGUUUAAUUAUAAAUAAUAUUAAUUGGCCUUGUGCAUAGA